AUGUUCGCCCUCAACACCGGCUUUGUCGUUGCCUCCCUCGCCGCCCUCUGCUACGGCACAGCUGGCGUCCAAGCCGCCCCGGCCUCGUGCAAGGUCGUCUCGACCGCGCCUCUGGGCUACGGCGUCAACACCAUCCUGGGCUCGCGGGACCUCCCCAAGGCGUACCUCACCUUCCAGGGACAUCGCACCGCCGACGGCUUCCAGUACCUGCAGCCGAGCAAAGAGCCCGAGCUGUUUGACUUUGUCGCCUGCCACGACCUCAUCAACUCGAACGGAGAGUUUAGCAACGAGGUCAAGUCCGGGUAUAUCGCCUCUCGCAAGGCCUCGGGCUACUGCCUCUCUGCGACCUCGCUCACUGGCACUGACGAGCGCAUCGUCUCGAAGCCGUGCCACUUUAUCGACAACGACCUGUCAAACCACCAGCGCUUCCAGUUCUCGGUCAACUCGGCCGGACUGUACCACUUCGUCGACUAUCUUGGCAAGGACCAGGGCCCGGCGCCCGCCGGCACCGGCCCCGACGACUUCCCGAUCGGCAACAGCGGCAGCGGCUACCACACCAGCAUCGUGGGCGAUGCUGACAGCGCCGACAGCUUCCUCCGCCUGGCCUACUCGCCCGACGCUCCCAAGCUUGGUGCCGCUGCUGCCAUGGCCUACUACGACGGCUGGACGGGCAAGAGCAUCGCACAGCAGUAG